UUAUAAUAUUACGGCAUCUUCCAGGAGGUUCUGUACGUGGCAGCGGCACUUUCGCACCCCUUUCUCCGUCAUCUUCACCCAAGGGUGCUAACUACAUUUCCGAACCCCAACAGACGAAGGUGCAGCUUCUUGUGAUUUAAUACAUUCAUUCAGCAAUUGCAUCACACAAUCCAACAAAAUGAGGUGGUUCCUAUUUCCUGUCUCCUGGUUUCUACUAUGCUGCUGCUGGAUCACACAAGCAGAGAUCUUCACUUCAAUAGGCCAGAUGACAGACCUCCUGUACACGGAGAAAGAGCUAGUCCACUCCCUCAGAGAGUAUAUUAAAGCAGAGGAGUCUAAACUGGCUGAGAUUAAAAGCUGGGCCAGGAAGUUGGAUGACUUGACCAGAGUGUCCACGUCGGACCCAGAGGGCUAUCUGGCUCACCCGGUGAAUGCCUACAAGCUCAUGAAGAGGCUGCACAGUGAAUGGUCUCAGCUGGAGAGUCUGGUGCUGCAGAACCCUUCAGAUGGCUUCAUUUCCAACAUGACCAUGCACAGACAGUACUUUCCUGAUGCGGAAGACGAGAAGGGUGCAGCAAAGGCACUAAUGCGUCUCCAGGACACGUACCGUCUUGAUUCAGAGGACUUUUCCAAAGGGAGGCUUCCAGGUAUGCACUCCAAAGCCGUUUUAACCGUGGACGAUUGCUUUGAUAUGGGCAAGACGGCUUACAACGAAGGCGACUACUACCAUGCGGUGCUGUGGGUUCAACAGGCCUUGAAACAGCUGGACGCCGGCGAGGAAGCGGUGGUUUCCAAGGCGUCAAUUUUGGACUAUCUUAGCUAUUCUGUUUACCAAAUGGGAGACCUGCCUCGUGCCAUCGAGCUGACACGCCGCUUGGUGGCCAUAGACUCUAGCCACCAGAGGGCAGGAGGAAACCUGCGUUAUUUUGAGAAGUUGCUGCUCAAAAAACAGAAUGAUGAGAGGCAGGCGGAGGAGCAGGCAGACCAGUCUUCUUCAGAGGAGCCUAUUCAGCUGGGAACCUACGUUAGACCCAAAGACCACCUUCCUGAGAGAGACGUGUAUGAAGCCCUAUGCCGAGGGGAGGGAGCCAAAUUGACUGAAGAAAGGCGCAGCCGUUUGUUCUGUCGCUACCACGAUGGAAGCAGGAACCCUCGCCUUCUGCUGAAGCCAAUGAAGGAGGAAGACGAGUGGGACAGCCCACACAUUGUACGCUACCUGGAAGCCCUGUCUGACUAUGAGAUUGAAAAGAUAAAAGAGUUGGCCAAACCUAGGCUUGCUAGAGCUACUGUCCGAGAUCCUAAAACAGGAGUGUUGACCACAGCCAACUACAGAGUAUCGAAAAGUGCCUGGUUAGAAGAAGAAGAUGGUCCAGUCAUUACCAGAGUCAAUCAAAGAAUACAGGACAUCACAGGCCUAACAGUAGACACAGCAGAGUUAUUACAGGUUGCUAACUAUGGUGUUGGAGGACAGUAUGAGCCACAUUUUGACUUCUCCAGGCGUCCUUUUGACAGCAACCUCAAGGCCGAUGGAAAUAGGCUUGCCACCUUCCUAAAUUACAAAGAUGAGCCUGAUGCUUUCAAAAGAUUAGGCACUGGAAAUCGUGUGGCCACUUUUUUGAACUAUAUGAGUGAUGUUGAAGCAGGCGGCGCUACAGUCUUCCCUGAUUUUGGGGCUAUAAUCCAGCCAAGAAAGGGGACAGCUGUGUUCUGGUAUAAUCUUUUCAAAAGCGGAGAAGGAGACUACAGGACCAGGCAUGCAGCCUGUCCUGUCUUGGUUGGCAGUAAAUGGGUGUCAAACAAGUGGAUUCACGAGCGGGGGCAGGAAUUCCUGCGACCGUGUGGCCUAACAGAAGUGGAUUGAACUUUGACCAUCUACCCUUACGUUCCGCCAACUCAUAAACUCUACACAUACAUGUGACAUACAGCUCCGAAACAUGCAACCUACACAUGAUAUUUUCAUCACCUUUUCGUUGCUGACAUAUUUUUAAAUGAAAUGUACACAUCACUUACACUCCAAACCCUGUCAUGAAUCAAAUAAAUGAUCAAACACACAA